GUGAGGGAAUUUGUGAAGGUCUUGCCUGACAAACAGAAACAUUUGGAGUACAUUCAGUCUCUUCAAAACACGAUUUGCAUGAACUAUAGGAAUAUGACAGAGGCGGAGCUGACUGUGGAAGAAAAGAUGCUGAACUUGUGGAAUUGCUUUAUUCCCCUGUUGAAGGAAGCAGACGACCUUGUUUGCCGCCAUCAUCCUUCAAUGGCUAAAGCACUGGACAUGAUGUUCUCAUUUCUGUUCUGUGACCUUAAAAAUAUCGUCUCUGACUCUACAUCUGGACCCUUCCUUGAUCCUUGCCAAAAUGCCAAAGAGAUGAUGUCCAAACUGAACUACAUGUGCAUGCAUGUAAACACUCUCAGUGCAAAGCUGGACCUGCUUAGUAGGAGCAGUCAACAGAUGGGAGAACAUACUAUAGAUCUCACCGUAUUGACCACAGAUGUUCAGAAGGUCAUAGCCCGCAAAGACUUGUGGGAACUGAUAGCAGUCUAUACUACAUGGCUGGAAGAAUGGAAGCCAAUGGUUUUUAGUGAG